AAGCUUGAUCGAUACCUGAGAAAUACGUAACGUUUUUUUAACGACAACAUCAAAUUAUCAGUCAAAAUAAUUUUGUUGCGUAAAAACAGUUAAAGAUUUUUUAAAAUAAGUGAUCAUAAUGGUUGACUGUCCAGAUCCAGAAGGCAAAGCCGUACCAAGAUUGCAGACGUCAGAUUUUUACCAGACAUGUGGGUUGCCCAAGAGGUUCGACUAUCCGAACUGGUUCUAUGGUUAUGGGACUCAAAGAAGGCCUCCGUUGCAUCCUUUUUAUACAACAACAUCUAGUGAAUAUGGACGGUAUCCUCCGACAAUCCAUACAGUACCUACGUCAUUUUUCCCAAAUACACAAGAUUUUACCAGAAAUCUGGCUAAAGCUGGAAUGUACAGAAAUUAUUCUCUUAAUACGGGAAUCGAUCGACCGUCUAUUUAAACAUUAUUAGUCAAUUUAAAAUUGUAUUGUUUAGUUUUAUAAUAUAGAUUUGACAAAUAAUAA